UGAGCCAAUCCCCGGGACUGGAGAGGGUAACAGUUACCAAAAGAGUGUCAGACGAAAAGCAGCUUCCAGCUCCAGAACGGGACGUCUGCGCCGAGACGCCCUCACGCGCAGCCUGUCGGAUACGUGAACGGUCGCGGCGAAGCUCCAGGCAGCAUUUUAUCUUAUCUGACUCAAACAAAGGACGUGACAGACUUGGAGCGCCCUGUUUUGCACAUGUUAUGGAAGGAGGGGCCUUAACAUAAAGGGGAGGACAAAGCAGACAACCUACAGUAACUCCAACGUUGGCCUUCCCCCUCAGCAUGACUGUCCUCCGCUCGACUGGAUGAAAUGCCUUGACCUCGCCUCCUCCGCACCAUGGCAGCUCUAGUCUCCCCUGUGGCUGCACGCGGCCAGGCUGCUUUGUUUCUCGGCCUGGCGGCGUUGGUGACAGUGGUCACAGCUGACUCACCUGUUGUAGAUGAUUCUCAGCUUGGAUUUUCUGGGCAUGUUACGAGUUCAACGGGGUCAUCACCAUCUGCCUUACCAGCCUCACAUCACACUGCCUUCAAGACUCCAGACUCACCUGGUGCUCUGCCAUCCAUUCCUGGAACAAACCAUGAAGCUAAGCCUGCAGACAUUUAUCACACUACCCCAAUAAUCCCCUCUGAAUUUGUAUUGGGGUCCAAACCAAAACUUGAGGCACCAGCUGAACUUUCCUCAGACUGGAUGUUGGCCAAGACAAAUUCUGCCAUACAGCCCUUCUCUUUCUCAGCUCCUAAAACAUCACAGAUGCACUCUCAAGCAAAUACAUCAUUACCAUCAUCAAGCCCCUCUACAAGGUCAACAGAAUCUCAGUUCGGUCUCAAUUCUGAGGAUAGUCCAUCAGAGCAAACACAGGCAAUCACUACUUACCAACCUUCCCAGCCGGUUAAAAUGGCUUUGGCUGACCCUCCAGCAGAUGAACCUUAUAGUAAAAUGUGGGAUGUAAAACAAUUGAGUCCCAGCAGUACUCCCUUACAAAAGAAUAAACUAGCACAUGACCUUUUAUCUAACUCAAAUGAGAUUCUAAACCCUGGCUAUAUGGGGCCUUUCAUUGACCCCCACAAAACCCCCCACCAUUCAUCUGAGCCCACUGAUAUCUCUCCAGAAGACUUCUACCCAACCAACACCAUGGAUAUUGACUGGGGUUCUGGGGACUAUUUGGAAACUAUGUCAGUUUUAAAUUCAGAUGGAGAUGACUACUCUUUGGUCACAAAGGUACCCUCUGACCUGUAUGAUCUGGGGGACUAUACAGAAAUAUAUGAUACAUCCUUUCCUUCCAGAGUGGGCAUAUUGCCCACAUCCUUGCAUCCUCUUCAUUCCUCAACUUUUCCCAACCUCAUGUCAACGUAUAGCACACCUGUUCCACCUAUCUCCGUCCAUCCCUCUUCUUUGUCCCCAACUGUUCACUAUACAUUGGAACCUACUCCUACUGCAAACAGUAAAACAGCUGAAGCAUCAGAUAUAGAUUGGCCUGAUACGUUCACAAUCCAGCCAACAGAUGUUCUCCUACCUGACAUGAACAGCUUGGAGUAUUACACCAUUCAGUUGAACAAAGAGAGCAAUGGAUCAAACACGGAUAGAGAACACAGGGCCAACAUUACCUCGGUGUCCAUUGGUACUACAGACAUUACACCCACAAGCAGUUUGACCAGUGGUAUUACGUUCGAGGAAGAGGCCUCCAGUGAUAUUUCAGGCUCUGAGCCUGAUGAUGAAUCAACAAUGGAGGAGAAUCCUCCUUCAGUAAAUGUGUCUCAUCCUUUAUAUCCUUCAAUUGUCCCACGCAUCUCCUUUGACCAUUCUACCAAUGAAUUGACUGGACCCACUGUAACUAUUGGCCUAGACAGCACUUCAUUAACAGAUUCCAUGAUACCCCAUGCCACACCGGUACUGCCAGAUGAUAUAAUGACUUCUACCUCUCUGACAGAUGUCCAUUGGUUUGUUACAGAGCCAUUUCUGCAAAGUACCAUACACAACCCUUCUGUCUUUACUGAAACAAUAGCCUUCUCCCCUGCUACCAUUGAACCUGCUGCCAACACAACUGCUGGUAUAUCAGAGUCCACUCCCCAUGAAACUACUUUAACAACUGAAUUAUCUCAGAAUAUCACUUUAACUACAACUGAAGCUACGUCUAAUAUCACUAUGGGCCCCAACGUUGUUUUGAGUGAUGAGGGGGUGACUGGAAUUGACAUCCCAGUCACAAUGACCCUGAUCCCAACUAGCAGUGAAGCUAAUACAGUCUCUGCUGUACCCACAACUACAACUGCCACCACCACUUUUUAUCAAGCAACAACUAGAAUCACUGCCACCACUGAAGCCUCGACUAGUGUAAACGUCAUCUCUGCCCCCAGUGCUAAGACCACAACUACACCAAGACAAUACCUCUGCAACCUAGACAGCCCUGCUUAUUUAGUCAAAAUCGAUUUUCCUUCUGGAGCAACUGUUGGAUACGCCAAAUCUCAAAUCAGAGACAUACUAAAAGCAGAAUUCAACAAAUCAGUGGAACUUCAGAUUGUGAACCCUCCACCAAAGUUUCUGUUUCGAGUGGUGUCUGGUCCAAUUGUAUACACAGCCAUAUCUGUCAUCAAUGCUCUGCAAAGGUCUCGUCGCCGCUUCCUGUCUGUUUCUCCCAACUGGACUUCUCCAGACAGUAAAUAUCAAGUCCACACAGUGCUGCAGUUUGUUCCCAGUCACAUAGAUGUGCGACUGUGCAACUUCAGUGAGAGCAUCGAGAAAGGAUUAACCAUGGCUUUUGCGGAGGUCUGCCGGCGUUCCAGGGAGUCAACAAACUUCACAGUGCAAAUCAUAAACAUCACAAUGGCUACUCCAAAAUAUGAGGCUCAACGGCUACUGAAGCAACCAGUUGACAUCACUUUCACUGUAAAAGGUUCUGCUGGUUAUCUGAUGGGGUCAGAGGUCAGCAAUGCUCUGAUGAGGCUUACCAUGGUGGAAUUCAGCUUCUACAUGGGCUUUCCUGUUCUACAGAUUGCUGAGCCAUUUCAUUAUCCAGAGCUGAACACCAGCCAGCUGCUUCGCUCCUCAUGGGUUAGAACAGUCCUCCUGGGUGUUCUUGACCAGAAGGCGGGUGAAAGGACCUUCCAAGCCAGCAUGGAGCGUCGGGUGGCCAUGUUACUUGGAGAGGCUAUGGGAUUAGCAAGACGUGUUAAGAGAGCCACCACCAUAGGCAACAGCAGUGUUCAGGUUGUAAGCGCGUCCCGGUUGCCUGGUGGGGAUAACCCCUUGGAGAUUGUGUAUUUUGUUGAAGGUCCCAGCGGUCAGAGGAUGCCUGCAGCUCAAACAGCCAACACACUCAACAGCCUGGAUGUUCAAAGGGCUGCCAUUGUUUUAGGAUAUCGUAUCCAGGGCAUUUUAGCACAACCUGUAGAGAAGGUGCCAGCCCAACCCUCCGACACCGAGAACACCAACAUGUGGAUUGUCAUUGGUGUGGCCAUUCCUCUCCUGGUGGUCAUCAUUAUCAUCUCUAUCCUCUACUGGAAACUGUGUCGCACGGACAAGUUGGAGUUCCAGCCAGAUGCCAUGACCUCUAUGCAGCAGAGACAGAAGUCUACUACAUCAUUUAGAGAACCAUCUCUUCAUCAGGCAUUACCUCCAACUAAAAAGCGUUUAGACUUUAGUGAGGAAGAGGAAGGGGAGUCUGAGGAGGAAGAAGAGGAAUAUGAAGAUGAUGAAGAAGAAGAGGAGAUGGAAGGGGGAAAGAGACCGGUAGCUAUUCCAAAAAGCAAACAAAUUCUGAGCAGUGAGUCGGAGACGGAAGAGGAAGAGGAAGAAGAAGAAGAAGAAGACUAUGACGAAGAAGAGGAGGAAGAAGAUGAGGAUGGAGAUGAGGAAAAGCAGAAAGCUAAAAAAAAAGGAAUUAUGACAGGAGAGCAAAUAAAGCCUAAGAGCAAAGCAGCACUAAAGAAAACAGAGGAGAUGAAGAAAGAGGAGAAAAUGAAAGUGUUCAGGACGACUAAAGGGAGGAGAGCUAAAGAGGAGUUACAGGCUCCCAGUGUGAAAGGCUUUGACUUUGCCAAGCUGCAUCUUGGCCAGCAGAGUAAGGAUGAUGUCAUGGUGAUCCAGGAGCCUGUCCCACCGGACCCUGGGCCCCUUUCCAUUAAAGAUGUCCUCAGUAUAUCUGAGAACGGAGAGCUUCCCACAUCCACAUCUAAAACCUCAGGCUCCUCCACCAAGGCGUCCCGCAGUGGCCGAAGGCGAGAAAGGGUCUCGCCUUCAGACGGUGACUCAGUAGUAAGUGACCAUUCCGCUGAGCGAGAGUCAACUGAGGAGAACCUGAGAAGCCACGCCACGCCCAGCGACAGCAAGCAGACGCGUAAGAUCCCCAUCAAUGUUUUAAAUGGCAAGAAUAGAAUUGGUCCGCCACCAAUGAAUGGUACAAACGAGAACCUGUCCUCGGCCUCCAUAUUUGAACAUGUUGACCGAAUGUCUCGGGCCACGGACGCGAGCAGGAGACUCCCCAACAAAGUUCAGCUUAUUGCCAUGCAGCCAAUGCCUGUCCCGCCUCUGCAAAGCCCACCUAUCAAUGGCAAACUGUCCGACAGCAACCACAUCAACAAAGAGAUCCAGGUAGCACUGAGGCACAAGUCUGAAAUUGAGCAUCAUCGCAACAAGAUACGUUUGCGUGCGAAGAGAAAGGGUCACUACGACUUCCCUGCUAUGGAUGAAGUGAGCAGCGGCCUCAAAGACGCAAAAGACCAGGACCGCAUCUAUCAGAAAGCGCAGUUACAGAUUAAUAAGAUACUGGAUCCAGAUCUGCAGAUUCCAUCCAUCUUCAUGGACUCCAAGAAAAGUGGUCGAGGGAGAAACUCUCCCAAACAGCGGCUAAAGGACCAGCUGACUGGAGGUAUGACGGCAGCAGACAAAGACCACCUCAUCACUGAAGACAGUGAUGUUGCCUAUCGAAAGUGCCCCGGUGUCAACAAUGUGGCCUAUGUUUCUGACCCUGACCAAGGCCCAGGAUCCCCUCACAGGAGCCCCUCCCCUGUAGACGAUGUUUUCCUGGAACUCGCCUCCUCUCCUCCUGGCCACGCCCCUCCCCCACCGCCCUACAUGCCACCACAGCCUUCCAUUGAAGAGGCCCGUCAGCAGAUGCACUCCCUGCUGGAUGAUGCCUUCGCCCUCGUUUCACCCACCACUCAGAGCACGACCGCAGGAAUCACUCUCCCAGGGGUCAAUAGCAACCCCCUCACCUCGAGCCCUUCAGGCUGCGGCCCCAGACCUUGGGGUUCCUCCUACCAAGGUCUCGGGCCUGUUGCUGGUAGGUUCACUGAGCUGAGCAUGUCACCUCCUUCUGUCCAAGGCAUCACACCAAGGCAGGACCUCGUGUCCAGCUACCUACCGUCAGGAGAACCAGCAGGACACAGUGAGCAACUUCAACCAGACAGCUUGUACUCCAGCAGGAGCCGCUACACUGGGGAGCUCCCCUCCUCUGCCAGACCGCGACCAGUAGGGGGAACUACAGGUGCCCAUCUCCAUCACCUCACACAGGUGGGGUUGUCCAGUCGGAUGAAUGGAUACCCUGCAGGGGUCAGGGCUGCUCCAGGCCAGAAUGGAGGCAUUGGCUGGAACCACUAUCAUGAGGACAAUUUCUCCAGGGCUGAGCCUGAAAAAGAUGCAGUCUAUUCAGGUUACUCACCCUCCUCUAUCUUCCAGAUGCCCAGAAGUGGUGUCAGGGACCUGUCAGCGCCCCCUGCUCAUCUAGACCCCCCUGUGGUGGGCUAUCUGUCAGGCCCGCCGCCCUUGGAUACAUCUCUUCCCACUCACUCCUCUGCCUCCCUGAUCAAGGCCAUCAGAGAGGAGCUUUUGCGCCUCUCCCAGAAACAGGCGGCUGUGCCCAGUUACCACAGCUGAAGCCCCGCUCUCCAGACCAGUCAUACCACUGAUCCUGCCUGCCCUCUUUGCCUAAUCUAACAAUGCUUCCCAUGGAAGUCCCUAAAGGCUGUACAGCAGAGAGACAGCCCUGCUUAACUGAAGUAAAGAGGUGGCUCAUUGCUCCCUUGAAAAACUGACCUUAUAUAUAGGCUGAACCAGAAUCAGUUCAACUGCAGUCAAGUCAGAGACAGUGUUAAAAGUGUGGGCUUGACCUUUACAGGUGAAAGGACAUUACUGGACCUACAGUAUAAUGCUAUAAUGUCUCUGUUCUGCAUUUCAUUAUGGAUGAGGGAAGGAUCGUGCCAGGUUGUUGGCUUGUCUUCAGCCUCUUUCUAGACUUACUUUUGCUACAUUUCUUCAUACUGAGUAUUUUGACAUUGUUUCAUUCUCAUGUUGCCUUCACCUACCGAUAUUAACUGCAUGACACGAGUCAUUACAAGAGGCGUAUUUGUUGUUUCCCAACACAGGCUCUCAACCUUUGUAUCAGCGUCAGGUGCUACUUCAUGUUUUCUGCCAUGAUGAGCCAUGCUAAACCUUGACACUGUAACGUAGUUCACCCGACCCAGUCUGCUGUCAGAGCCUGCAGUGAAGUCAUGUUUCAGAGGCAUGAAGAGGUAUCCAAGACUAAUAACACACCUUACAUGUACUUAGUGGAGUAUUACAUACUUGUUUUUUACCUCUCAGCUUACUGUUCAUAAACAUGUUUGUCAGUGUUGGAGGUCUUGCGAUUUUGACUCAGAAGCUAACAGAAAGCUAGACAAACAUGGCCUUGAAUCACAGACAGGCUUCAGAGAUGCAGGCUUCAUGUUUGUACUUGACAAGUACAGUAUGGACACUCAAGUACUGUACAUAUGUAUUACGUAUUUGGUUGUAAUCUGAUGCACAGUUUGCUGACUACAUGGCACAGCUCAGCUCUUUCAAAAAGAGAUUCAGUGAAACGGAUGCUUGAGUAGUCGUGAAUGAACUGAUAAUAUAAGGGAAAGUGGAAGUGUUUAACCACCAUCUGAACCAGCAUUGUUUCAUGCAGUAUUUCCAGUUUGCUUGCCUUUUGGUUAGCACAGUAGGACCGUGUACUGUAUUGAUCAAACAGCUGUUUAUGUGCUUUGGAAAAUCACCUUGCCUCAUGUAAUUCACUCCAAUGUCUAUAAUUAGUUAUACUAAUUAGAAAUCAUUAGUCAUUUUUCUGUUAACUUUAUCCUUCCCCAACAUGAUUUGAUGUUUUAGGCCCUGAAAUAUUAUUUUAUUCAAAUAAAAAGAAACAAAGAACUUGGAUUUUAUAGCAGGGUACCCUGCACACACACACACACACACACACACACACACACACACACACACACACACACACACACACGUGGGGACUUCCCAUUGACAUAAUGCCUUCCCUAGCCCAUAACCCUAACCCUAACCAUCACAAAUAAAGGCAGAUGUCUAAUCUUUGAUCUAAUUCGAACCAAAACUCGAUUCUGACCUCAGCCCUAAAAUCACAUCUUGACCCUCAAAAAAGCUUUCGGACUGGUGGGGACCUGCCUUGAUAGCAAAAAACAUGGUUUAUGGUCCCCACGUCGAAGGAAAAACAUGUACACACACACACAGACACACACAAACAAACAAACCAGGAAGGGAUCUGCAGAGGUAACCAGAGCAUAGGUCCCAUGCCUCGCUGUGUUGUUAAUGAUGUGCCUUGUUCCUGCUGGUGAUCAGACAUUAUCCUUGUAUUUAGUCUUUUUCCCAUUUCACCUCCCUUGUUCCUGUUUUGUUACUGACAUUCUCCAUCUGCUGGUUUUCCUCUGUAACAGCAGCCCCCACCUGCUUAUGUUCACAUAUUGUUUUGGAUUUGUUUUCCUUUCAUCUGUGGUGGUGGUUGUUGUUGGCUGGUCCGACUUUGAUUGUCUGCGUGUUUAAUUAUUGCAUUUGUUUGUUGGUUUAUGUGUUUGUUAUUGGCCAUGCUGUUACAACUUCCUUAAAUACAAACUGUCAAACUUAA